CGGGAGUCGGGCCUCGACUCGGCACGCGUCCGCGGCUCCGCGCCCAGGCCAGGGUGUGUUGUGUCUUCCAGUCUCCACGCUCCUGAGACCACAUCUCUCUCUCCAUGGCGACGGCCAUCUCGUUCCCGCGCGCGCCGCUGGUCACUCCCCGCGCGUGCACCCCCCGCCGGCUUGUCCACGUGUCGGCGGCGCGCGCCUCUCCCCCGCGCGGAGGAGGGCGCGUCGGUCGCCGCUCCCCGACGGUCCCCGCUGUAGCGGGAGCCUCCUCCUCCUCCUCCGGCUUGGCUCCGGACACAAGCGUGCCGGCGUGGGACGCUCUCGGCGGCGUCUCCGUCCUCGCCGCGGGAACAGGCAACGCUGUGGCGCUGACGGACCUGUGGGACUCCGCCGAGGGGGUGGCCGUGGUUGCGCUGCUGAGGCAUUUCGGGUGCUUCUGCUGCUGGGAGCUGGCCUCUGUUCUCAAGGACGCCAUGGCGGAGUUCGACUCGGCGGGGGCUAAGCUGAUCGCCAUCGGCGUCGGAACCCCGGAGAAGGCUCGCAUCCUCGCCGACCGGAUUCCGCUGGCAGAUUCCGAAAGGUGGAUGGCUGAAUGGAAUUUUUUUCUUCAGUAUAGUAAAUGGAGAAAGUAAUGUUGACACUUUGUUGAUAAAUUGAAUGGCUUGUAUAUAGUCCCACAGCAUUACAAAUUUCCCUGUCGACAGUUUGUUGACAAACUGGCUGAGUUGUAUAGCUACACAACAUUAUUUCUGUUUUUCUAAUUGUUAUACACGUGCUUAUAAAUUUCUCUGA